UUGGUUUAAGAAAGCUUAAACGUUAAGUUUAUUCAAAUAGUAUUAUGGUUUGUGAAUUAUCGAAAUUAUAUGACAUUUCACAAGAAUUAGCUGUAAUAAAAAAUUGAUUACCAGUUGAGCUGAUAAAUAACUAUAGACGUAAUAAAUAUUUAUGAGAAUAAAAAAGGAUAAAACCUUUAUUCAAUUUAUAUCAAAGUUUGUGUUAAAAGUUAAUCAAAGUGACGGAAAAAAUGAAAAGAUCAUCAAUUAAAAGUUACACAUUGCCUGAACCAACUUUUAUUCCUGAGAAGUCUUCAAUACAUGGAGAUGUAAUUAUAACAGAUCUACAAUCAGCAACAGCUUCGACCGAUGCGUUAGUUGGACGUGGAAAUUGGGGAAGUCCCGUUGAAUUUGUCCUUGCUUGUAUGAAUUAUGCUCUUGGACUAGGAAAUGUUUGGCGUUUUCCUUAUUUAUGCUUUCGAAAUGGUGGUGGAGCUUUUCUUGUACCAUAUAUCCUUAUGGUGUUCCUUGUUGGUCUACCAGUGUUCUUUGCUGAGCUUUUCAUUGGACAAUAUAGCGGACUGGGACCUAUUAAAGCUUUUCAGUUCCUCGCUCCACUUUUCAAAGGUCUAGGCUACUGCGCAACACUCACAACUGCAUUUGUGGCAAUUUACUACAUGAUGAUAAUCUCGUGGGUAAUUUUUUACAUGUGGACAGCUUUUUUCCCGAGUCUUGUUUGGGGUUCUUGUGAAAACUCUUGGAAUUCAGAUGAUUGUUUCAGCAUUGUUGAGGAUAUUAAAUGUCAAGAAGGAAACAAUAAUGACGCAAUGGAUAGAAUCUAUUAUAUGAGAGAGUGCAGAACUGUUACAGAAGUAUGUGGUAUCUUCAAUUAUAGUGGUGUUAACGUUAAUUCUUGUAGUAAUUUGACUAACAUCCUUCCGAUUACUGAUGUCGUUAACCGAACUCUUGCAGCUGAAGAAUUUUUCUAUGACAGAGUUUUGAAUAUUAAUGGUGCAACCUGGACUCAAAAUUGGGGAUGGCCCCAAGGACAUUUGGUUUUAUGUUUGGCAUUUGUUUGGAUUUUAGCUUUCAUUUGCCUUUUCAAAGGAGUUAAAUCGGUUGGAAAAAUUGUUUAUUUCACUGCAACUUUUCCUUAUGUUAUAUUAACUGCAUUACUCAUUCGUGCUAUAACAUUGGAAGGGUCGAUAACUGGAAUAAAGUUCUUUAUCACACCUGAAUGGACACGGCUUCAAUCUCCUGGCGUAUGGGGUGAUGCUGCAAGUCAAGUUUUCUUUUCAUUCAGUUUAGCAUGGGGAGCUCUAAUUGUUUUUGCAUCAUAUAAUAAGUUUUCAAACAAUUGUCACUUUGAUGCAGUUUUUGUGUCCAUUUUGAACUUUGGAACAGCGCUUUACAAUGGUGUUGUAGUAUUUGCAAUUUUGGGAUUCUUAGCCAAUACAAUGAAUGUGUCUGUUCAAGAUGUAACAUCUAGUGGGCCUGGCUUAACUUUCAUAACAUAUCCGGAAGCUAUUUUAUUAAUGCCGCUUCCUCAAUUAUGGGCCAUUUUAUUCUUCUUCAUGAUGCUGAUUCUUGGAUUAGGAUCACAGUUUGGAUCUAUUCAAAUGCUUUCGUCUAGCAUCGUAGAUCAAUGGCCACACUUAAGAGAACACGAGUGGCGUGCAACAGCUGGCGUUUGUAUAGCAUGCUUUAUUGCUGCUUUACCUCUCACUUGCAACGGUGGAAUUUAUCUUCAAAGUUUGAUUGAAUGGCAUACUGCUAGUUGGAAUUUGUUCUUGAUUGGAAUCGGUGAGGUUGCAGUUCUAUCAUGGGUGUAUGGCAUAAAUCGUACUCUUGAUAACAUUCUUGAGAUGGGAAUGAAAUUAUGGAAGCUUACAAGAUAUUAUUGGAAAUCGGUAUGGGUGUUUAUUACACCAGUCAUGCUUACUGCUAUCUUCAUCUUCAUGAUGACUGAUCUGCAGUCAACUGUGUUCAGAGAAUAUGUUUUUCCAAAAUGGGCAGACGCGAUGGGCUAUGUGUUUGGAUUAAUAACACUUGUUCCAUUCGUUGUCUUUUUCAUUAUAGAACUUAUUGAUAUUCAAGCAGGAAGACAAACUUGGAAAGGUCUCUUAAAACCUUCUGACAAGUGGGGUCCACAAGAAGUUGAUGGAAAAUGGAUUGAUCGUGGAAGAUUAUAAAUUAUAGAUAUUUGUUAAAAUAUAUGCAAAAUAUGAAUUAAAUUUGAAAAACCAACUGCUAAAUAAAUUUCACAUAAAGCUUUGUUUAUUCCUUGAUGAUAACUUUUAAGGAACAAUUAAAAAAGGAUUUUCCGAUGUUCACAUCGACGCGUGGUAGAUACGUGAGCUUAUUCAAGUUGAAAAUUUGUAAAAGCAUCACGAACGAGGAAAUCUUGCUGAUAAAGACAAUGUGAUUGGUGCUUAAGAAAGAAAUGUUACUAGAAAAAAAGGAUUUUGUGUUUCCUUAUCACGUUUCAAAUAUGUUGCUGCUUUAUGUGGUGAGAAAAU